CCUUGAACUGCUUGUCCAUCUUGAACGCAUUCGCGGCCUGCUGGUACAGAUCGCCCGCCUCCUCGAACUUGGUGGUCGACGAGGAGAACCAUCCUGUGGAUGAGUUCGCCUUCUUGUCUGCUUUCUCGACGAGCGUCUGCGCGGGGGACUUGGCGGGCAUGGCUGCUGUUGACAAGGCGCGACUCGAGGCGGGGCGCAGCCAGUGCCUGCUGAUUUCCGUCCGGGGCUAGUGACGUACACGCGACCGUGGCGGUGCAGCAGCGCGUCGGGCUGCCGAGGCGCGACUGGGCGCUUCCUUCCAUCUCUUUCCAUCUACCACCACCCCGACCAUGUCCCUCCACACGCAGACCAUCCAGCAGCUCUCCGAUGCGCACCCCAAGCCGGACAAUAGACACUUUCAGUACGGCACCGCUGGCUUUCGGACUCUAGGAUCGCUCUUGGACUCGGUCGUAUACCGCGUCGGUAUACUGGCCGGCCUGAGGAGCAAGAAACUUGACGGCCAGACCAUCGGUGUCAUGGUCACCGCGUCUCACAACCCAGAAGCCGACAACGGCGUCAAGCUGGUAGACCCGUACGGCGAGAUGCUCGAGGCGUCUUGGGAAGUCUACGCCACGAAACUCGCCAAUGCACCCGAUCUCAUCGCCGCACUCGAGGAAGUAGUCCGCGAUGCAGAGAUCGACCUCUCUAAACCUUCCCGCGUGGUGUAUGCCCGCGACACGCGUCCAUCUGGUGCUUCCCUCGUUGCUGCAUUGGAGGAUGGCUUCAAGGCAGUCGGCGCAGAGGCUCGCAACGCCGGCGUAACCACCACGCCGAUCCUCCAUUACCUCGUCCGCGCUAUCAACACGAAGGGCACGAAGAACAGCUAUGGUGUCGAUUCUGAACAAGGAUACUUCGAGAAGAUGACUGGGGCGUUUAAGAAGCUUGUGGCCGGGCGUCCGCCGAGGGAACCUCUGCUCAUCGACUGUGCAAACGGUGUCGGCGCGAAGGCCGCUGAGGAGCUCAUCACCUACCUCGGCGACUCGCUGCCUCUUAUCCUCGAGAACACCGACACGACGACGCCAGGCGUGUUGAAUAACAUGUGCGGCGCGGACUUCGUCAAGACCACCCAGAAGUUGCCUCCUUCACUCGCCAACAAGCUCAAGCCAGGCCAAAGGGGCUGCAGCCUUGACGGCGAUGCGGACCGCUUGAUGUACUUCUACCUCGAUGAGCAGGGUCAUUUCAAGAUGCUCGACGGUGACAAGAUCGCUACGCUUGUUGCUAGCUUCAUUGGCGAGCUCGUCAAGUCGGCAGGCCUGGAGGACCAUGUCAAGGUCGGCAGCGUGCAGACGGCAUAUGCGAACGGUGCAUCGACGAAGUACUUGUCAGAGCGUCUCCCCGUCCGCUGCGUCGCUACUGGCGUCAAGCACUUGCACCACGCAGCUGAGAACUUCGAUGUCGGCGUCUACUUUGAGGCCAACGGCCAUGGAACCGUACUCUUCUCGCCCGCCACUAUGGACAGACUCCGAGAGUAUCAGCCAACGACACCUGCUCAAGCCACCGCUCACGAACACCUUCUCAACCUCACACUCCUCAUCAACCAGGCCGUCGGCGACGCACUGUCCGACAUGCUCCUCGUGGAGGUUGUUCUCGCGCACAAGAACUACAGCGGCGUCGAGUGGGACUCGCUCUACACCGACUUGCCGAACCGUCUCGUCAAGGUCGUCGUUGGGGACCGUAACGCGUUCCAGACGGAGGAUGCGGAGAGGCGAUUGGUGAUGCCCGAGGGGUUGCAGGCCCGGAUCGAUGAAUUGGUGCACCGAUACGAGGGCGGCCGCUCGUUUGUGCGGCCGAGUGGCACGGAGGACGUUGUCCGAGUGUACGCGGAGGCGGUCAUCAGGGCGCAAGCUGACGAGCUGGCAUUCCGGGUGGCGGGGCUCGUGUACGACACCGCAGGCGGCGAUCCUGCGAAGCGGCCGAAGGAAUUCCUUUGAACCGACGGCAGGGUGUGCGGUGAUCAUAGACGAUGAAGUAGACCGAUAACGAAGAUAAAGUAGCGUACUUUCGGGUGCAUGUACUUACGGCCAUAAAGCCAUUGUUCUCGAUAUAUCCAGCUCCGUGGAUGGCGCCAUCGCGCGGCGGGAUGGCACGAGAAGCG